AAACUUCUUUUGUAGUCUCCAGUUUAAUUAAUUAGCUUACUCAUAACUAAAUUGCUAAUUCAAAUGGUCAUAGAUGUAUGGUCAGACUACAUUUCUGUGCAACCUUUUGACUAUGUCGCCAUUUGUUUUGAUAUCAUCUUUUCGCUUGUUUAUUAUUGUUUUGCUUUGGUGAUAUUUUUCCAUGGAAUUUUUAUGCACUAGUGGCAUAACAAGACUAAAUGAUCGGGCACGCCAAGAUGCUGCUGUUCUUCGACUUGGAUUUCUUAAGCUUGAUGCUCGUGCAAGGGAGGACACAAGGAAGAUUGACCUUGGUGUUAAGGAAAAGGCUGCUCGGUUGAAGCAUUUAGCCACUGACAGGGCUCAAUCUGAUCUGAAGAGAGUAGCAGAUCAGCAUUGGAGUGAUGGGGCCUUAGAGGCCGACUUACGACGAGCUGACUUCAUAUUUAGACGACGUGCCAUGGAAGAUGCAUACAUGGCAUUGAAGUUUAUAAGAAACAUUCAUGACAUGAUGGCAAACAAAUUUUACCAAUUUCCUUCAAAUGAAAGGUCUUUCUCUCUCAAAGAUAAAAUGGGAUUCAUUACACUCAAAAAGAAUGGGAAAGCUCUUGAUCUAUUUGCAGAUGAGGUCACAACAGACCGUAUGCAAGCCAUUCAGGAAGCUUAUUGGACUAUGGCAUCUGCCUUACUACCAUCUAGUCCAUGA